CAAACUUUUAGUUCGAUAUUUCGACACACAUAAUUGAUUAUAUGAAUUGAUAAUCAAGCCGGUAUAUCGUCAACUCUCUUGUCCGACAAAUAUCAGUAUGUUUAGCUAUAGUUGGUAAUUAAAAUUUCUUCAGUUUGCUUUCCAUUAAAUGGUAAAUCUGCAAUUCAUCACGUCGAGAAGGAAACAGAAGGAGAGAACAGAACAAAGAGAGAGAAGUGAGAAACGCGCCACUUCCAAAUAUCGCAGAAUAUUCAAAAACAAUACUGCCUUCGGUCGCGCAUCAAAACACACCCACAGCUAACGGUAUUCGACUUUUGGCGCGCAAUUCUGUUUAUCGAUAUCGCACUCGUUAUUCGCGCUCGUUAUUCUUCCUGCGAUUUUGUUAGAUUUUUAUUCAACAUGUUAUGCGUGCAGAACGUGCGCAGCAAGGGCGCUUAUCGCGCGAGAUUUCUUUCAAUUCCGAUUGCAACGUAACGCAACAGGAACAACGUUCGCGACAACGCGCGAAGCUCUCGCAAGGUAUCACAGUUGGAAAUUCGCGAGCGAUUUCGAGCGAUCGCGUUUCACGGCGCACGCGGAUUCGACCCGUGCAUUUAAACACGCGGCGAAACGUCAUCGUGCGAACGGUCAUCAGGUUAUGUUACAUUAUGUUUAUCGCUUUACAAAUAUGUGCCAGCAGUACAAUAAAUAGACGACGGUGUGACCUUUGGCCGUUUCUGCGCAUAAACUACUCCCCUUUUCACGAUGAUAGCGAUGCACCGUAUUCACGUAGCAUCACAAUGAUUUCUUACUCGUGCAACGUGAUGAGGACGAUCUGCUGUUCAAGUUCAAUGAUUUUCACAACAAUGAUAGAUUGAUAGAACGCUCACGAGUGAAUUUCGUCAUGGCGAGUGCGAAAAUUGAGGAUAGAACUGUGCUAGAGGCAGAGACUGUCUUCUUAUUAAUGAAAAAGGGUUUUCCCAUUUCACGCAAUGUGAGGGCCCAGUGGUUGUUGGAACACUUGGACUCCUUGAUAAGCACGCAGUGCCCAAGUACAAAGACUAAAGAGGCACCAGAACUGGAGAUUGUGUCAGUACUGCCAAAAGAUAGGCCUAACACGUGGUCCAUAGAUACUAGCUACCAAUUUCUUUAUAAAGUUGUUUCAACAACCUCGGUUAUAUUUCUGGCACACAAAUACAGGAUGGUCUUUAGCUUAGAUUUAAGUCCCUCGCUUGCAACUGUUGAUGUACAAAAUGGAGAAAUUGUAAUCGAUGAGGUGUAUCUAGCAGUAAAGCGGUGUCUCGAGGGCAUAACCAGACCGUUUGUGAUACCAGGCAGCAAGCGUGUGAUGCAACCUGAGAUUUAUGUGACUGUGAUAGCUCAUACGCCGUUCUUUACAAGUCCGGCGCAGCAAGUACUAGUACAAGGAUGGUUGGUUACUAUGGACAACGUGAGCUCUCUCACGCAGUACAUAGAGAAACAGCUAUACCUGUUGGAGGAGAGAGUGGCGACCAUCACGGCCAUAGCUAAUCAGCAGCUGGAGAAUAUAAGGGCCGAGAGCGAGCGGCUGGUGGGUAGGCUCUUUGACGAGAGCAGCAAUUGUUUGAACAAGAAUAGUUGUAAUAUAUCUAUAGUCUCGCCGGAGGCCAGUUUCGUGAAUAUGUUAAGGUACGGGAUGCUGGCUCUGACGCUUUUACCUGAACACAGUUGCGCACAUAUGGUGAUAAUCACGGACGGCAUUGUUGGAAUCAAGAAUGCUCACACGUUGGACUCCAUCAUACAGCAGCUACGUGCGACCACUGUGGCAUGUAGCUUCUUGCACGUGGGUAGCAUGUACGAUCCGCACUGCGCGGUCGGUCUGGUGCCAUAUCAGGAUCUGCUGUACUUCAUCGCCGCGGCCACGCUCGGCAGUUACAUGUCUUUCAGUUCAUACACUAUACCUGCGCACGGAACAGACAUGAAUCUUUAUCAUAAGAAUUUUUUAUGCUGGAAAUUAUAUCGAAAUAUAUACGACGACGAUGUGUCGGAUCAUCAUUCCCGCUGGCGUAUUCAGAAUAAUUGUUUUCACGGGCACAAGACUGGCCAGCUCUUAAGGAAGAAGCAGGUUGAUGCCAAAGUAAUUUGUACCCUGAGUAGUUUGCUGUGCUGCCGCCUGAGAGAGGGCUACCUGAUCAGAAGAGCCAGCGUGCGAGAUGACGUUCUUGAGAUUAAUUUCGUGCUGUUAUGGAAAACGAACGUCUUCCUGGAGUACUUGGUGACGUGUCCGUGGUCAGCAAAGUCGCUUUCCCUGUCCAACGUGAUACAAUAUACCAUUACCAUAGAAGCACCGUACGAGUUUUUACAUGACAUUACGUGCCUGUCGAAGAAGCCAUUGAACUCGCACUAUCGUCAGGGUGUAAUUUCUCGUUUCUGGACGGCACUGACGUCACUGACCGAAAGCGAUAAUAUGCUGGCGCACUUUAGCUGGUUCCCGGGAUCUGGAUGGACCUGGUACAGUGUACCGGACACCAUUAGAAGCGGGAUGCCAGUGUUCUACUUGUCAUCGUAUCCGUCACCAAGUACAGUUCAACUUAGUGACGCUGCCUGCCCGCAGUUUGGGCAAAUUUGGCAGCCGGUCGUCUCUCUGGAUCCACUUCAGUGGGCGCGUUGGAUGCACACUCAGAGGAUCACACUGAUCCUGGCUUACGAUCGGCCCUUACCGAGGCACUUGCACCAAGCGAAUCAAAGCGGCCGCUUCCAGUGCGUACAGAGCCGGCAAGCGGCGGCUGUGCUGUACGCCAUGCUGAAGAACUGGGCGACCUUCGUGCUGGUCGAGAAUCACACGUACGUCCAGUUCAUAUACAGAGAGACGGAGAAGCCGCCGGUAUCGUUCUCACUGAUACGCAUUAACUGCAAGGCGCUCUGCGUCGUGCUGAAUAUUGCGUUCGCCGGCGGCACCGAGGGCGUCGUGCGUCACAACGUGGUCGUCGACCUUGUCGACAGGUUGUCGAAGCUAUCGUUGCCGAACAGGCCAACGGAGCAACGCGAAACCCCGUGUUGCACGAUAAUACACAAGUCGCUGGAGAGAAUACUCGUGAGGUACGAGCGCAUACCGAACAACCUCAGCAUGGUGGUGUUUCCCGAUGGAACGCAACCGACAUGCACCCGAGCUGCGCUGGGACUGUUGGGCGGCAGCCUGACCACCACGUUGUCCCGGUACUUGUACCACAACCGAUGGCUGUGGCACGUUAAGCGGCCGUUCGUUCAGACCAUCCCGGGGAUUACUUUACCUAGACUAAACAUCACCGCGAUCGCAAGAAUACUCUCCACGAUCACGAGAAUACGUUUGGGGGAGGGUUUCAAUUUUGCAUACUCGACAGCCGGCAUCACGAAUAUGGUGCUGGAGGUGCAGAUGCAGGGCUUCGGUGGCCACGAGAAUUUGUAUCCAUGUAUCAUUCAGUACGUCCUGUUCCCGCCGCACGUUGUACCAAACGCGGCGUUAGAGCGCGACAGCGGCACCGAGGACGAUACAGAAGAAGGUAUUGCCGAGGCGGAAGUAUGGACGGAGGAUUCCGAGGGUUACAGCGAUUUUCAGAUUGUCACGGAGGUUUGGGUGGAGCCCCAGUGUGGUUACGUACAAAUGCCCGCGCAGUCGAUUGCUACGUACAUGCAUCCUCUGCAAUAUCAUAAAUUACCGGACGCAAUCGCCAGAAUAGACGAGGAAUGUAUUAACGCUCUGUUGACCUUAGAAUACUUGAGCCUGUUGAGCCAAGUAACGCCAGUGGAAAAAGAUACUGAAAUCGUGUACGGUCAAGCGCACCAGGGGGUCAGGUAUCAUGGCGUCAUGGGUACGUCCAUGGAUCGUAUCUCCGAGUGUCCAAAUCCAGCCGAGCCUCUCGAAGCAACGCCGAUCAUCGACGAGAGGAUACACCCCAUGUAUUUCUCGUUCGAUACCCUCAGCAUUUUGCCAAAGUGUCAACAGGCAGAACUCUUGUUCUCAAUGUUCGCUGACGAUAUGAUGCACAUCGAUGAGGAUCGGGACAGCGCUAACAAAAUCCUCAUGGGAAAUUUUUUGGAACACAUGAAACAGUUGCAUAACAAGGAGCUGUUGCUCACGUCUGCGGAAUCGCAGAGAUUUACGCGGAUGCUCCUUAACAGACCGCGCGAGAACGGCCCACCAUUACCUUUCUUUAUGCAAGCAGAUAAAAACUAUCAGGACGAUGUGUCGGAUAUUUUUCCCAGAUGGAAGUGCUUCGUUAAGGGAAUUAGUACGACGCACGUUAUCGUCACGAUAUUGCCGGCGACGGAAAAAGACGUUCGGUUGAUAACGUACGCAGGCGGCAAUUGCACGAGUAAUAAUUCCGAGAAGAAUUGCGACUCGGAUAUUUUCGAUCUUGAUAUGAACGAGAAGAUACCGUCUCCGAGCUCGUACACGAAAGAUGCCAAUAUAUAUGAUUUCCUGGCACUGGAACACAGGGAAUCGAAAAUUUCUAGCCAAUCCACUACCGCGAACAGCACGUCGAAGGCUAACGCGGAGCAUAAUUCUGACAAUGAAGGCAGCCUCGUUAUACCUGUAUACGUGUAUGAUUGUUCACUAGCGUUAUUGAUUGACGCGUUGGUCGGCCAAUUGCAAACCCCACAAAAUAGAGAUAUCUAUCAGGAUCACACAUUUAAAAUUGGAGAGCAAAUUUCUGAGGACUUUGUUAGUCUCAAGUCAGAAAGUAACACAAAGCCCUCAUCCCCUGAACCGAAAAGUGAAGAUUCUGAUAAUAUUUCCAGCGAUCAACGAAGUUUGAUGGAACACUGCAAGUUGUUGACCUUGGCACAUUGUCAUUGUUACGUAGUCGCAGUGUACAAAUCGCUUGCGUUGCAACAGUCAUUGGGCUAUGAGGAUAUGGAAGCUGCUGUAGCGCAGUGCGAAGAAAAUUUGAUCGAGAUUAACAUCACAAAUUAUUUGCGAUCUGUGUGCAGACAUUUGAGUAUGUUACCGGAGGGCCAUCUGCUAAGUCAAUUGAAAUUCUCAGCAUGCAACGAUGUUAAACCGUUACACAAUUUGAUUAAGGAUAAAUUUAAGAAGAUCAUGGCAGUGGCAUUUAGGCCCGUCCCCGCGCAUCCAGAAUUCUAUUACUGUUUGCCUUCGUGGAUGUCCGAAAAAAUGGAGGUAGCAUCGCAACGGACAGACAGCGAUGACGAUUUAGAUUUCACGUGUCAUUCGGAAACACCGGCCCCAAAGACAGACGACUCUUCCAAUCAAGUGAGUCAAGCUGUCAAUAUUACGUGGCCAGCGACGAAUCUUCACAGCACUGGGAAACUGUCAUGCUGCAAUUCCAAGAAUUCACUCGUAAGCGACUUCGGGGAGAACACAUGGGACAAGGAUCAGCCGCUCUUCUUGCACCUGAGCUGUUCAAUUCGUUUUCGUUCGGAGUUCUCGAGCAUACCUGUCAAAGUGAUGCCCACCUGUUUCACCGAGAUCGUCCAAAGAAUAAAUGACGGCAAGGAGAGAAAUCUCGCGGAGUUGAAUCUGGACGAUAUAAAAGUCACUCUGGACAUUAUCUGUUUGAGUCUACCGAAGGAGGUGUUGGAGGUGUCACUGGAACGUUAUCCCGCGUUCAGGACAACGUCCUACUGCAGUGCCUCGCCGAUUGGCAGUAUGCCAAGCGGCAGCAGUCCGGACGCGAAUGCGAAGAAUGAAUCGAUGCAGGAGAGAAUACAGCAGCCACCUGAGCAUCAUGCCGUGACCAACCUGAAGGACGAGAUUGAGUGGCUGCUGCGGGAUGAGACCGCGACGGCACUUCUGGACCAUCCUUCGCCGACUGCGGAGACGUUAAGAUUCAUCGCGCAUCACGUAUCGAACUCAAUUGGGAAAUCCAGUUGCUUGAUGGACAAAGUGCCUUUACACUUCGUCUUUUCGUCGGAGAGCAGCGCACCGAAAUUCCUGAAGGAAUUGAAGAAUCUCGAAAUCGAUAAAUAUUGCAUUUGUCAAGAGGCCGACUUGUUUUACUUCGUCAAGAAACCAGAAGCGACGAUAUCAGAUACAGAAUCGAAUGUAUUAUACAUAGACGAAGAGGAACCACAGCCGAGAGAAGAUGAAAGUGUCGAAAAUAUGGAUCAAGACGAAAUAUCGAUUACUGCAAUCCAGAUAAACGGACAGGAUUCUGGAGACGCGCCGGGUUAUUACUCCGAGAUUUCAAGCAUAGCCGAGGGGAAAAACGGUACGGAAGACGGAUACGAAGGGGAUAGCAGUAAUUCGGACGACGAUUAUCAGUGGUUGAUAGAACUCGAUAAGCAGAGAAACCGCUUACCUAAUUUCUGGCUGAUUUUGAACAUCGAAAACGCUCACGUUAACGUUUAUUUUCACUGCAGAUUUUUGGAGCUUUCCUCGCCCGAAGUGGACUGUUACUCGCAAAUACAAAAGAUGCUGCUCGCUCAGAUCAAAGCUAUAUGCCGGCGAGUGAAUCAAUACUUGCUUCUACAAAAUCUUCACGACACUCGCAUAUGCGAUCAGUUGUUAGAGCCCGAGUCCACUGAAGAUUAUAAUACCUGGAGGGGAGAAUCCAACAGCGAAUCCGGGAACAUUUUCCAGAAUCACAGUUCCUCCGCCUCGAAUUUCACACCGGGCAUGUUCAGGUGUCCCGUCAUCUGGGAGGAGCCCUUCAAUCUGCAUCCCCGUUUAAAAACCGGGCCCGGCAGAUCCGGAUUGUCGAGAGGAAUCAAAGCGCUGCACGGCGUGCUCAACAGACUGUCUGUUAACAAUCGGAACAACAUGUUCGUUUAUCAGGAGAACAACGAAAACGUGUUUUAUCUGCGUCUUCACGAGCAAACGAAUGACGGAAAACCCCUUCAGAAUAAACUGUCCGAGAGCGACGAAAAACUGGUAGUUUCGCGCAGUAACAGCGUCGCGUCCCUGUCGCAGGCUAAAAGCAUCGGCCUAACGAACGACCACGCGUCGUCGAACGACACCCGGCCUAGGGUACGUUCGUUCGGCGAAAAGGAAUCGGACAUCUUGAACCGAACUGGCGACUCGAUCAUCUUGAUGGUGCACGGAAUAUCAGAGGCCGGUCCGGAGGUCAAGCGGGACCUGGUACAGGUGCUGCAGAAUCGUCUCGACGACGCGGUGCUGGAGGUACUAUCCGUGAUGCUGUCGCGCAACCCGAUGUGCAAGCUGACGCCGGCGGACGUGCACUUCAUCCAGAAGCCGUACAAGUCGCCCGAAUGCAUAGUGCAGUUGUCCGUGCAGCCGCACUGCCUGCCGUACAUAGACGCUCUAGGAUACUACCUCAGGCAGAACAUCUUGCAGUUCUUGUACACGCCCAAGUACAUGGACGUCGGCGCGCAUUAUCAUUUUCAGGAUUACUCGCCGUUGGACGGCACGAGGAAGAGGGUGUCCGAGUCGGAUAUCUUCCUGUACAAUCAGAGCCACUCGAGUGGCAACAAGGGCAUAGCCUGCAUCGCGUUAGCCAUCACCGACAGCAAAGCAGAGUCCGCGACGUCCUCGGCGGACGAUCACGGUCGCCAAUCGAGCUUUCCCAAGAUACUGAGAGUCGAGAAUUUCGAGAGCAUCGUGUCGACCACUAUUUACGAUCUUAAGAAUGACUCCAACCAAAGCGCGGAAACGUUGAUCGAGUUUCGAAUCUGGAAGCAAGGUAAAGUCAACUUGGAAUCGUUGAUCAUGAAGCUGUCGUCCGCGGUGAAGCACGGCACCUGGGACUUGGUCACGGAGUACAAUCUUCUGGCGACACCAUUGACAGAACCGAUCACUAUCGAUCCUUCGUCAGUGCUUAAAGAAAGCGUAGUGGAGAGCACAGGUACUCAGGUACCCUCGAAGACAUUAUCGCAAUCGCAAAAACUGAGCGAUAAUUCGUCGAUCGAUCAGUACGAGCUCGGCGAGGAGGGAAAGUUGAACGAGAUUUAUCACACUACAUUGGCACAAUGGUUCCAGUUUGCUCUGGAAAUGAGCGUCCCGGCUGUAAAGAAACACGAAGUGAUCAUCCACCAUCGGCAUGCAAUCCCCGUGAUCGUGAGGGAGCUGCAGAACCUCAUGCGUUCCCAGGAUCCGGACACGUCCAGUAGAGUCUUUGUCUUACAGGAUCGGCAACCGUUCCUGAAUCAAUUCGUUGUUUCGCGCAAGGUGGGAUCCGUGCUCAAGUGGUCUGAAAAUGUCCGGAACCUUACCGAUCAGUCAAUGGCGGAGACUUCGGAUCGGGAAGGAGGCAAUUCGCCGGUGUACGUGUCGCAUGAGUUUAACAAAGACGAACAAACAACUUAUACCAAAUGUAUCUUGAUAGCGAGAAAUUUUCAUCAAUGGAAAGCGUCUUUGAGUAAAGAAAUAGACCCGGAACUGCUUGCUCCUAAGGAUCAAAAACAAUUACAAAAAUUCAAUCCUUUGAUAUCGGAGUCGAAUUUUGUGCCUAGACAGAGGAUACUGCUAGCUGAAAUACAAAGCGAUAGUAUAAUUAUUUACAUGUAUAACUGGUCCAAGGAGAGAUCAGAAAAAUUAAUAAAACAAACGACAAAUUUGGGCACGUGGCUCUCGUCCAGAUCGAGCUUGUUCACCAAUAUAAUUAUGCAAAAAUUGGGUAUAUUCCACCAUAAACUAUCCCGGGAACCUCAGCAAAGAGAGCACAACUCGCAAUAUUAUCAGAUCACUGAUAUGGAGAGCCUCACCAAGUUUCCGACUCAGUUGAAUGCCGAUAACAAAGACUGGACGCGGUCGAGCAACCGAAUGCAACAACCGAUGAAGAACAAUGCGUUCUCGUGGAUGCAGGUGGUCGGCCAGGUAAUGCGCGACGCGAAACCAAGCGCUUCGCAUUCCUACAACACGGACGCGAUCGUCAAAGCUGCUCACGAUCUGCAGGACUUACGUCAUCGGGAGAAGAAGAUCAAAGAGGAUGUGGAGAAACUGUACGCGAUGUGGCAAAAUCGCACCUCCAACAUACCGAUAUCGUUGAACGCUCUGAAUACGUUCAAACAGCAUUCUCGCCUGAUACAUUUCUGCCACACGCCUCUACUGUUUUUGCCGGCCUGGCGUCUGCAAUCCGCCGCUACGAGGGAUCACUCGUUGACGUCGCCACAGCCAUUUCACAGCAACGCGAUGCAGCACCAACAAUCGCCGCAGAUAACGCAGACGAGGCUGGAGGCGACCAACGCUAUUAUGAUAAAAUGGCAUCAGGAACUUUGCAAAUCGAUGCUGUCCGAGUACAAGCAGUACUUGCAGAUCUUGGGCUUCAAUCCAAUCCAAGUGGAAUCGCCGCAAAGCAAAACAGACGAGGAGGAGUCUUAUUACCUGAAAAAGUUGAUGCUCGGCGGUGUAUUAUUGUUCGAAAUCCACUUGUCACAACCGUUUUUUAUCGUCAAGCUGCACAUCAUCGAAUGCAAUCGCUUACAGACGAAGACGAGCAGCGGCAUGAUGAACCAGUUCGUGCUAAGUUUCGUGGACGUGUGUGACAAGAUCAAGAUCAACAUGCACCUGCAUUCGUUUACCUACGACUUCCACUUGCGUUGCAUCCAUUCCUACAUUGCCGGAACAGGACUGUGGUCUUUACAACAGGGCUACCACCUCACUCACUUUAUGGACGACUUCAUCAAGUACUACAGCAAGGCACCGAAUUAUGCCAGGAAUCUUAUAUACAGCGAUGUAAUUACGAUACGCAAUAUAGCGACACCCGCGCGUACCCUGUACUCGUACCUGCUCUCGCACGAGAAGGUGUACGGCAUGCGCGUGUUCGUGAUGUCCGGCGAGCUGCAGGAGUCUCACGACAACGAGUACGUCCUGAUCAGGCUGCAGAGCACCCCGCUGGUCAGUUAUUGCGACGCCCACGACACUAGAUACACCGAUGACUUCGACGUCGCGCUGAUCGUGUCGCGCAUGGAGCAGCCACCGCAUCUCGAAAGGACCGAGAUCACCCUGAAGUAUUACCUGAUGCUGACGAGCAAGAGGGAAUUGUAUCCUAAGCGAGAGGUGGAAAACAACAAACUCGGCAAAUUCAGGACUGUGUACAGUGUACAGGGCAAAUCAGCGACCAGCUCGUACACCGAGAGCCCGGUGGAAUCCGGUCCAGCUUCGCCGGUGCUACCGUUCGUGAAGGAUAAUGCCAAAACCGAGCUAUCGGACUCUGACGCGGGACGGGAAAGGAACCUCGAUUCAAUCGACACGACGGCAAAGGAUGCCGACAUUAAAGCGACGAACUGCAACGUCCAAAACAGCAUGGCGCCGACGCCACCGCCCGUUCCAAAUUCCCCGUUGGCGCAGAGUUCCAGCAUUCCGAACGCGACCGUGAACACGUCUUCGUCGUCAUCGUCAUCGUCGCCGUCGCCGUACCUGGUACAGAUACGCCAGGAGUCGGUCAACUAUCUGGGCUACUACUCGUCGCACGAGCAGCUUAUGCAGCAGAUGAUUAUGUCCCAGGCGCAAACUGCACGCCAACACAUCACGAGUAUGGUAGAGCGCGGCGCGUUGCAGUGCCGCACGCACCUGCUCUGGGACAAGCUGCUGGAGAGCAAAUCCUCGAUGACGUACACCGAGUUCAAGGAACUGUGCUCGCUGGCGCACAUCGAACCCCUGCCGAACCUGGAUGUCAGACUCAGUCCGCUCGUCAACCAGCCGGUCUUGUGGUACCAGGCGUUAUCCAAGGUGCUGCAGAACAAGUACCAGGAGCAUCACAAGCAGUUCAUUACCCCGGAUGGGAACGUUACUCAUCAUCUUAUACUGCAUCCGACGCUUCUUCAAGCGUUUAUGAUGCUGACUAUCGAUUUGCACACGUCAAGAGGAGAUUUGUGCGCCGUUUAUCGAAAAUCGACAGAGAUUAACAUGCCGAUGAACAUGGAGGACGUUUACGCUCUAAUCGAGGGUUUCGUGAAUGCCUGUUGCUUCCACUUGUGGAUGGGUCUUUGCAGCCAGUGAUAACAUUCCGAACGUACGAUACGACGGCGCAUUGCCUCUGAAAGCUUCGACUUGUAAUGUACUUAUAGAGAUUUUGAUGCGCGAUGCGAUUCACUCACCGAUCUAGCAAAUUUAUUCUCGUUCGAAUGCGCGGAUCAGCGUAUUCUAGUUGUUAACAUGGAUUAUUACACUUGUAAACGACUUUGUAAAUAUGAAAUAUAUAUUUUCAUGUUACAUACAU